AUGUCGUCUGACAUAUUUCGUUCUAAGUUCCGGGACAAAUUUCCUGUACAUAAUUCCAACGUGACCCUACGGAACUAUUCAGGGAGUCCCAUACCAGUAAUAGGAUGCUUUGAGGCAAAUGUCGUGUACAAGAAUGUAUCUUCAAAGAUCAACUUUCACAUCGUACCCCAAGGGACAACGUUACUAGGCAUGGACGCCAUUAGCAAGCUAAAGCUUCGGUUGGACGGAGCAGAACUGAAACGUUUUGCAGUUUCUACGUAUGCAACUGCACUGACGCCGAACCUCAGGAAUGAAUUUACUGACUUAUUCUCGGAAGAUAUUGGAAUGGCCAAAGGUUUCACUCACAAAGUGAAAAUACGUCCCGAGGUAAAGCCGGUUGCAUCAAAGUUAAGGAGAUUACCUCUCACUCUCCGUCAACAAGUCUCUGAGGAACUUCGACGCCUCCAGGAUAAAGACAUCAUUGAGCCUGUUACAGCUUCAGAAUGGAUUUCACCGGUCGUGGUCGUCCGAAAGUCAAAUGGAAGCAUCAGGCUUUGUGUGGAUUUGCGUGAAGUCAACAAGGCAAUUAUCAUGGAUGUUUUUUGUCUACCACAUAUAGAAGAGAUGCUGAACUCUUUAUCUGAAGCCACAGUAUUUUCAAAGCUGGACUUGGCUUCGGCAUAUCAUCAACUUCAGUUGGACGAGCAAAGCAGGGAGAUUACCACAUUCAUCACACAUGAAGGACUAUAUCGUUUUAAACGGGUAUGCUUUGGACUGUCGUCAGCUCCAGCAGCGUUCCAACGAAUGAUGACCAAAGUUCUACGUGGCUGCAAAGCUGUAAUGAAAGAAAUCACAUUUCUCGGGCACAAGGUCAGUGGUCGUGGGAUCAGUCCCCAAGAAAACAAGGUGCAAGCCAUCUUGGACGCACCCGCACCGACAGAUGUAGCAGCAUUACGUUCCUUUUUAGGAAUGGCAGGGUAUUACUCACGAUUCAUACCACAUCAUGCUGACGUUGUAGAACCGCUUCGCAAGAUGCUUCGAAAAGAAGAACAGUUUGCCUGCCACCACGAAGCUGGUAAUGCGUUUCGGGAACUAAAAACUCUGCUGGCCACAGAGAACAUCCUGCAACCUUUCGACCCUACCUUGGACGUCAUAGUGACAACGGAUGCAUCAUCCAAUGGAGUAGGAGCUGUGUUGCAACAGAAAAAGGACGGUAAAUUGCGAACCGUUGCUUUUGCAUCAAGAAGUCUGGCACCACAUGAAAAGAAGUACUCUGCAGGGUCUGGUCAUCGCGCGCUACGUAUUUCACGGUGGUGUGCAAGAUUACUGGCCUAUGACUUCAAAGUUCAGUACUACAAAGGCACGGAAAAUGUUGUUGCGGAUGCAUUAUCUCGCCUUCCAAUGAACGACGAGACUCCUACACAGUUCGAGGAAGAAAUUGUAUCAGUUGUGACAGGUCCCAUUAGUCGAGAAAUACUGCAGGAGAAGGUAACAGAGGACUCAACGCUUCAAAGAAUCCAGAAGUACGUCGCAGACGGUUGGCCGUCUAAGCAGUGCUUGGAAGAACAAGAUAUUCCGUACUUCCACGUAAGAGAAGAACUGUCCUGCAUUGAAGACAUACUUCUCCGGGAAGACCGAAUAGUCGUACCAACACCACAAGAUUACGAGACAUCUUUUGGUGGCCUCGCAUGGAUGCGCAAGUGGAACGUGUGGUACGCAGUUGUGGAAUCUGCCAAGCCGCGGAUAAAACUGCCAAACCACGAACCCAACCGCUUACUCCCGUACCAUUUCCAACAAGUGUUCAGUAGAGAGGGAUAUCCACAAGAAAUAGUCUCUGAUAACGGGUCACAGUUCAAGUCAAGUGAAUUUGAGAACUUUCUGAAAGAGCGAGGAAUUAAACAUCUCUGCUCCUCUUUGUACUACCCGCAAGGGAACGGAUUAGUGGAACGGUUCAACCGCACUUUCAAACAGUAUGUCCAACUGGCAUCUUUGGAACGGAGACCCCUGCGCACGGCUGUUACAGAGUACCUCGGCGUGUUCAGAACUAUUCCCCAUAGCACCACUGGCCAGUUUCCAGCGAAACUACUACAUGGAAGACAGCCACGUACGAGGCUAGACAUUGUUGGAAUUCCGACUCGUCAAGAUCCAACAGAAACAUUACAAGCGUUAAGAGAACACGUGGAGCAGAAACAACAGUAUAUGAAGAGGAUCACAGACGAAAGACGUCGAGCAAAAGCCACUACUUUUCGUCCUGGUGACCUCGUACGCAUUCGAAUUAAGCCACGUUUCAAAGCAGAACCAACGUACUCGAAGCCGGUCAAGAUACUGAAACAGUGCGGGAAGAACUCAUAUCUUCUCCAAGGCAACAAGGUGUGGAACGCCUCGAAGUUAAUCAUCGCCAGACAUGUUGACAGCUCUGAUAAGCACAUCCGCAAUGCAGACAAACCAACGGUAGGAGUGGACCUCCACAUGAGCUCCCUGUGGCAACAUCUGGACCCGUCAGAGAGCCAGCACAAUAAACAACCGCAGGCAUCUGGCACAUCUGCACCACGAACACAAGCACGUGAUCAGCAGCGACAUGCACCACAGCGAGAAAUACGGAAGGCCCACGCCCAAUCCCACACACCAAGACAGUUACGGCGAUCUACCAGGAAGAAGUGUGGACCGAAUCGUUUUCAUUAUUAA